AGCUUAAAUACUUUCUUGGAAUAGAAGUUGCAAGAUCGUCAAAAGGGAUAUCACUAUCUCAAAGAAAGUAUAUCUUGUAUCUCUUAGAUGAUAUAGGCAUGCUUGGGUGUCGAGUGGAGUCUGGAGAACCCAUAGACAAGGAGAAAUAUCAAAUACUUGUUGGAAGACUAAUGUACUUAUGCCACACGAGACAAGAUAUAUCAUUUGCAGUGAGUGUAGUGAGUCGCUAUAUGCAUGACCCGAGGGAUGGGUACUUGGAAGCAGCUCAAAGAAUCUUGAGAUACUUUAAGGGCACUCCGGGAAAAGGAUUGUGGUUUAAAAGUAAUGGACACCUAAAUGAAGAUGGAUAUUGUGAUGCAGAUCAGGGGUGUGUUUUUGUUGGGAGGAAACUUGGUGUCAUGUAGAAGCAAGAAACAAUCUGUUGUCUCGAAAUCAACAGCCGAAGCAGAGUACAGAGCUAUGUCGGGCCUGGGUGAAAUGUUGUGGGUACGAAACCUUCUAAGAGAGCUGAAAAUUUGAAGGCAAGAAAGCUUGAAAGUAUGGUGUGAUAAUAGUCUGCCAUAAACAUAGCAAACAUCCCCAGCAUGAGCAAACUAAACAUGUGGAGAUAGACAAGUUCUUUAUUAAAGAAAAGAUUGAUGCAGGGAUUAUCUCAUUGGCUUAUGUGAGAUCAGGAUAACAAAUGGUUUGACAAAAGGGCUAGGCUCAAAGGAGUGCAAUCUUGCCUGUGCUAAGAUGGGGUGCUAAGAUAGGGAUGGUUGACAUUUAUCACCUAUCUUAAGGGGUUUGACAAAAGGGCUAGGCUCAAAGGAGUGCAAUCUUGCCUGUGCUAAGAUGGGGUGCUAAGAUAGGGAUGGUUGACAUUUAUCACCUAUCUUAAGGGGGAGUGUUGGAUGAUGAAUCUGUUGUAUGACCUGUUGGGCUGUCUUCUUGUUCUAUGUUGUGGUCCAGCCUAGCCCAGUCUAUAACCCUAACAAGAGAGAUCCUCCCUGCAGCCACCAUCUAUCCCUACCUCAGGUUAGGUCCUCACCUCUGUCCACACAAUGCAACUUUUCUAGGGCCAUAGCUAACAAAAGAGCUAACAAAAGGUAUUCUUUAUGUAGCAUGUAUUUUAGUGGUUUCGGUGGUGUUUCAAAACCUCACAGUAUUAAUGUAGUUGGGAAGACACGUGAGCACUAAGAGCAUCUCCAGCGGUGCCCCCAAUAGGGUCUGCGGCAACAACGCCGGAUUGCCGCUAUCAGCACAAGGUGAAGGAGUAUUAGGCGGCGCUACCCCAGUGGCGCCCCCAAUAGGAACUUUCAAAAAAAACUCAUGAAUAUAAAUGAAAGCCGGCAAAUUCCAUUGAAAUUCUUAGGAAAUUAUACAUGUUUGAACGAAGUUUAGUUUAAAGACCUAAACUAAAUCAUAGAUCUAGCUGUACUGGUUGAAUGUGCCAUAAUCGUCGCUGCUGUCAUCGUCGUCGAAGACAGAGACCACUGCCAGAGUCGUCGUCGGAGAUGUCAAUUAUGUCAGAGUCCCGCGCCAACCACGCCUCAACGUAUUCAGUGGCCACCAACAUGAUGUUUGCCGACUCGCAUAGGGUGGCAUUGAGACCUGGAAUCUUCUCCAGGUUGGCAGAGUCGUGCAACAGUGACGGAAUCCGAUAGCCCGCCAGAAAUGUCGGCAGCUCCUCUUCAACUUCUUCAGCGGCAGAGGUAGUGGCUUCUUCUCCUUCUUGGGGCGCUCCCAGCUGCGGCAAUAGAAUUGGGUGGCACAGCGUGAGACGACAACGCAACCAUGUCAUUCGUGGCGGCGAUUGUGGCUCCAGCUUGGGGACGAUGGGAUGCGCCGCGUGACGACGAUGACGCAUGGUGCCUCGAUGGGGUGGCUCCAGCUUGGGGACAAGGGGCGGCGUGCACAACAACGAGUGCGACGACGAUUGUGUUUGGGAUUUGAAUCAGAUAUUAACAAGCAUGUACCUGGUGCAUAUAACCUACAAGGAGAAGAACCUGGAAACACGAGAGUAUGAACUGCAGUGCAAAUUUCGGUACGUGGAGAACCAGGAGUGGUAGACCCUCAUGGACCAAUUGCCGAUAUUCCACCUGCCUACACCAGUGGAAAAAUCUACUGGAUAGCAGACCCUAAUCUUGGACAAUUUUCCCUUAGCUAUGAAAUUUAUGGUGUCUAGGAUUGCAUACCAAUUAAGGGUAUAUUUUGGUGUGAUGGCAGUGUCAUAUUAGGAAAACUAUGUACACAUAGUGUCAAAUAAGGAAGAAAUAUAUUUCCAAGGCCAAAUGGGGAAUUGGAAUUUAGGGGAGGGCCAAAUUAGGAAUUCUCUCUUAUAACACUACUAAAAUUGAUAUGGCUAAGAAACCUUGCCAUAAGCCCUAACACAUCCGGAACAUCUAUUCCCCAUCUCCUUCCUCCAGAUCCACCUCAUCCCACCACCUCGACUGCCGCCGUCGCCGCAUGCUACAGCCGCUGCCCUCCUCCUAGUGGUUGCCGCGACGGCAUGAAGCCGUCUGAGGCAGCCGCGACGGCAUGGUGCCGUCUGAGGCAGCCGCUGCCCGAGAUCCUCACAGAGAUUUUCGCCCGUCUCCCAGCUAAGUCGGUCGCCCGCUUCCGCUGCCUUUCUUACGAGUGGUUCGCGACUCUCUCGUCGGACUACUUCGUGGACCUCCACGUCCGGAGAUCCAACAGGCCGGGAAGCCCCAGGCUGCUCCUUGCUCCGGUAGGUUCCCUCUAUGAUGGCCACAUCUAUUCAUGGAAGCCCGGUGGCCCCGUUGAGAGGCUCAUGACGGACGAUUUUGCGUCGAAUGGUUUGCUUGUUCCUAACACCAAGCCCUGCCAUGGCCUCGUCCUGAUGCGGUGCACUGACCAUGGUGGGUACUUUGUUUGUAACCCUUGUACCGGUGAGGUCUUAGCUCUACCUGACAGCAAGUUGCCAUUGAAGAUGACUUUGCGGAUUGCCACACGUGGCCAACCUGAAGCACCAUACUUCUUUGAGGUAGCUUAUGGCCUUGGUUACUGCUCGAUUACCAGGCAGCAUAAAGUAGUGCGUUUGUUUCGCAACAUUGAAGUGUCAAGCUGUGAGGUAUUUGAGCUUGACACACCUGCAUACUGGAGGCCCACUGUUGAACAGCCUCCAUUGUGCCAUGUCAAGGAGCAGAAGAUGGCUGUUUUCUUCAACGGAUAUCUGCAUUUCCUCUGCACUGAUGCUAGCAUUACCACUUUCAAUACUUGCAGUGAGACCUUUGGUUCGUUGCCACCGCCGACAGGUUUUGUGAACGCCUCACCGGUGCUGACGGAGCUGGAUGGCUACUUAUGUUUCUGCUAUGGAGAACCUGAUACUGAUGAUCCUUACCAUGUCUUCCUGCUAAGGGAUUACAUGAAAGGCAGGUGGGAGAAGCUCUGUUGCAUUGAUCGAAUGGCUUGGCCAGAAUCUGAGCGAAUGCUACUGCGGUCUCUCUGCAUUGCCCCACUUGCCAUGUAUCAUUCAGAUGAUGGACAAAGGAAGAUCAUGUUCGGGACUGGAUCUUGCAAAGUGUUUGGAGUUGACUUUGACAGCAACACCCCAGAGAUUUUAUUCACACCGGACGGAACCAUCAUUGGUAGCUGUGAAGAUGACUCUAACCUGCCGCUUUGUCUGUUUGAGGAGUACCUCGGUCCAGUGGGACGAACAAUUGAUGAGAUGGUCUUGUCAUCACCGAUCACUAAAGCUUGGUCUGACAUCCUCAAGUGGUUGCCCGGACGCUCGGUGUCCGAGUUGAGCUUGGUUUGCAGGGAAUGGCGUGCAAUGAUCAUGGCAGACUGUUUCAUUCACUCGCAUGUCAUUCAUGCUAAUUUGAACAAGAGCCCUCGGAUCAUGGUCGUCUUAGAUCCUCGUUUUGGACAUUAUAUGGAUCUGAAGGACUUUGUUAAUGCGGGUGUGCCACACUUACUUGGUAAUCUUGUAUGUAACCCCCAGCCUUGUCACGGCCUGAAUGUAGGGAGCUGCAGUUCAUGGGAUUAUGUAUGCAAUCCUGUUAUGGGUUAUUGUGAGUACAUCGAGCCUGACGUUGAUGAUGGCACUUUGUUUGCUGGGCGUAUGGGAUUGGGUUUUGACUCAGCUAUUAACAAGCAUGUACUGGUGCAUAUUACCUACAAAGAGAAGAACCUGGAAACACGAGAGUAUGAACUGCAGUGUAAAUUUCGGUAUGUGGAUUGCAAGGAGUGGAUUUUGGUAGACCCUCCUCCUAGACCAAUUGCCGAUGUUCCUCCUGUCUACGCCAGUGGGAAAAUCUACUGGAUGGUAGACCCUGAGCUUGGACAAUUUUCUCUAAGCUGCGAAAUUGUGGCAUUCAAUGUUGAGACAGAUGGAUUUGAGGUUCUGCAAGGUCCUCCAUGCAGCCAUGAGAAAGGCCGUAUGUCCAUCCUCCAGAUUGGGGGUGCACUUUGUGUGGCUUGUUCAAACAAAAGCAUGAAUGUGAUUGACAUAUGGAGGAUGAAGGACAUCGGCACCUGGUUAAUAGAACAUCAUAUAGAGCUCAGUGGGUUCUCCCCUGAGUAUUCGUCGGAGAAUACUACACCUUUGGUCGUAAAUCCGAAGGAUGGUCGGAUUUUUCUCAACACAGGUUUGUCACUGGGCUAUUAUGACCCAAAGAUGGUGGCAUUGGAGACCAUUUACAGUGUGGGCAUCCUGGAGCACGCCGGCAAAAUCUGCCCUAUUAUCUGUGAUGAAAGUUUAGUCCGCCCACUUGGGCGAACCUAAUCUGCGGUGGGGCUACACCUUCAGCUUCCAUAUUCCAUGGCAUAUCUGUAAAAACGAAUAAAGAGCCCUCACGUGGAAGGUGGAACACCAGAACGCUAUGUGUAACUCGGUGAUGGGAUGUCUCUUGUACCCCCUUCGCUCCAUUCAUCUUCUAUCUUAUACGAAGAAACUUGGUCGUUUAUUUCUCAUCAACCGUAGUGGAGUUUUAGUGCUUGUCUCGUUACCUGGUAUCUUCAGAAUUUGCACUUAAUUGGUUAAAGUUAUAAUGCAACUUGUUUGUUACUUGCUUCUAGUACUUUGGUUGAAGUCAUGGACGGGGCCUCUGGUUAUGUCGAAACUAAUUACUUGUGGUACGUUUUUUAGUUGGUUCGUGGAAUGAGAAUUGUUGGUUGUUGUUAA